AUCACUUUAACUUGAAUGGUGAACUAACACUAAUUCUUUUCGAGAUAGGCAUGCAAAUUUUGUUUGUGUAUUGCUCAUAGUGAAUAAAUUGCUUCGUCUCUUGCACAUAAGUGCUUUUCGUUCCUUCCCGUCAUUAAAGAACUCUGAAAUGACGACAUUUAAUUUGUGAAUUAUAGAAAUUUUACAAAUCGCGAAAACGAUGUUGUAUGAAUUAGAGUAAUGACUGUGAAGCCAUUUCAUUGAAAUAGCACAGUUAUUUUAUUGUGGUAUACUUUCCCAACCCCCAACUGUUUUAUCCUCAUGAGCAUGGAAAUUUAUUCUAGUGAGAAAAAUUCAAAAAAUACGAACAGCGAAGAUUCCAAAGAUAAACGAUUAUUGAGUGAAAAAAAAUCAAAGACUGCACCAUCACCUCCUGUCACUGCGUUUAAAAGAAGUCAAAGUGAAGAUUCUUCACGUCAUUUGUCGCUUUUUUUACGACCAAGUGAGCAUUUACUCGCGACCUUCCACGGCCUCAUAUUUAUCAUCGAGGGAGCCAAUUGGCUCAGCUUGAAAUCGGAUUAUCUACCCAUAUACUUGAUCCGAGUUGGUUUCCACCAUGUAAAAUAUCCUUUCAGGAUUUUAGUCAUCGACAACGAGAUUGAUAAUUUUGUCAGGGUGAUUGACUCUGUCAUAAGUUGGCAAACGAAGACAAGUAUUGAAGGCAAUAUUGUUUGCUGGGAAGAUCAAGAAAAAUUUGGAGCAAAGUUCGCGAGUAAAUCUGUUGCGCUUCAGUUUUACGACACAAUUUCAAGAAUGGCUUCAACGAUUCGUAAAGGAAAGGAGCUAGAAAAAGAAAAUUUUGAUAAGAUGGUUAAUCUGGAAAUCUGUCUUCCAUCUUCAAAAGUCUGUCUAUACAGUUUCUACAAGACUGAUACCUUAAAAAGAGCUCUAAAGACAGUGUGUACUCAAGAAAACCUCACCGUAAAUGAAUAUUAUUUCGAAGUUAUGCAGCAAACCAAGGACAGUGUGAAUUUGUCUCUCAGAAUUGGCGAUUUGAGUACGGACAAGAUACGCUUAGUUUCUAAAAGAGAAAUUCAAGGACGUUCUGUUGAAAACCUAAGCAAGAGCAAUGAUAGCGUGAAAAAAGAGGGGGGAAAUGCAGAUCAAAGAAGCUUAGAAAGAAAACCAUCCGGUCAUACUUUGGCUAAACCCAGCAAAAGUGACCCAGCUGUCACUAAAACAUAUUGUCACACAUUACCGUCGAAAAGACCUUCCAAGAAGAAAGCACCCCUACCUCCAAGCAGUGGGAAAUCUACCAAUGUCAUUUAUGGUUCCAGUAUAAGUCUUAAUAACACUGAAAUGAAAAAACGCAGAGCUCCAUCACCACCAAAAAUGUUAUCUACAUUAUCUACAGCUAACGUAAAUGUCGAAGUAACGUCGAGUGAAAAAGACAACAAUAUACCGUCAGCGACUUCUAAUCUCUUAAAUCAAACAAAAUCUUUAACUAAUCCUAUUUCUUCAGCAUCUUUGGCUGCUUCAAUUUCACCUGAUAUGUCAACCUCUCCUUCAACUUCUACUAGUUCAACCUCUCCUGCAACUUCAACUUCUACUAGUUCAACCUCUCCUGUUACUUCACCUCGUGAUACUUUAUCAUGCCAUAAUUCUUCACUAUCUUCUCCUUCGUCUAUAUCAUCUUCAUCCAAAACGUUAGAUGAUAGUCCAAAAUGUCCUUCUUGUUCUUUGUCUUCUUCAAUCCCACUUUCUCCUUCAACAUCUCAUGGUUCAACGACCUUAAUUCCUCCAGAAAGUUCAAAUGAGCUUCAGACAUCUUACCUGAAAAAAUCUAUGGCUAUAGACGAUCCUUGUAAUGAACAUAAGACACCAUUCCCAGUAUUCAUUGCGCCCCCGCCACCGGAGACAGCUCCUCCACCAAUUGAUGAAUGUGAAAAACAAGUUGAAUAUAUUGACUUUCCAGUAGAUGUUGACGAUGAUGGAAAUGACGUACAAUCACAAGACAUCAAGUCUGAUGAUGAAAGUCAAGAAACUGAUUUUAGUGAUAAAGAACAUGAAAAUGAGCAAAAUUUAAACAUUUCCAAUGAAAUGAAGAAAGAAAAGAUGGAAGAUGAGAUUUUAUCAAGACCUUCUUUGGACAAGGUUGAUGGAAAGAACAAUCCUGAGAUGAAAACAGUUGACAAAAACGAUAAUUUAUCAACAAAUCAAAAUAUUAAGUUGUUGACAGCCGAACAACAAUUACAGUCUUUGUUAGCUAUUUUUCAAAACCCUCAACAGCAGCUUGAUGUUAACAAUCAACAGUUGUUGAUACAACAACAACAACAAAUGCUCUCAAAUAUGUUGCUACAGCAAAUGAUACUCCAGCAAUCUCAAGUAGGUGCUAUGCCAAUCGCAGGAGUUACACCUUUAAAUCUACUUAAUCCAAAUGGUGAAACAUCUCCUAUGCCUGCUCCAACACCUAUUGUCGCUCCUGUAACGAAUCUUCCAGAAACCAAAGAAAGUUCUGUCACACUAAAGAAUGAGAUAAUGGUGGAAGAAGCUGAAGAUAAAUCUGAAAAAAACACAACACAGCCGUCACCAUCUCCUCCAAAGAGCGAAGAGCUAGUUAAUCGUCCAUUGUUCAAGAAAAUGCUUGCUCAAGUCUCGCAGGGAAAGCCUCAAUUUGCUCCUUCAAAAUCAUCAAGUCAAAGCGUUGAGAAAUCCAUUCAACCUGUUGCUUUACCAAUCGAUGAAAAAAGUAAAACUUCAGAUUUUUCUGUGAAGUGUUCGGGAAGAGAUAGUCCAGAAUCAAUGUCAAUGAAAGAGCAUAAGUCAGUGAGCGGUUCAGUUGAGGAAAUUGAGCGAAAGCCAUCUUAUGUUGAGAGUGCAAUUUUUAAGAAUACAAGAAAGAAAACUGAUGCUAAAAUUAUUGAAGAUUUCGAGACAUCAAAAAACAAAGAACAACAAAUAGCUGAGAUAAAAAAAAUUGAAGAGGAAAGCAACAUUGGAACUCAAAAGAAAACAUCUUCAAAAGACGCCUUUGUCCAAAUCAGCUCUAGUGAAGACAUUGAAACAAAGUGUUUAGAAAAUAAUACCUAUAAAAAUGACAAGACCACCUCCGACUUUAAAAUUGAUGUUGAUGUAGCAAAUGACGCGAUGAAAGAAGAGAAACCGGCUGAAAAAAUCAGUUCUUCCAAGCAAUCAGUCUAUUCUAAAAAAUCUGAUGCAAGUCCAAUGGCUUUUAAAUAUGACAAUUAUUCCAAACACGUUCCUGUAAAAAGAACAAAAUCCAGCCCAAAUAAUCCCGCCUACAACCGUCCUUCUAUUCAGCCUAAACCAUUAUUACAUCAAAAAAAAUCUAUUUCUUCUUCGCCCAACGUAUCUUUUCCUCGAAAGCAAGUUUCUCUAACUUCAGCUGAAUUGGAUGAUAACCCACAUCAACUUGCAUCCCCAAGUACCACCAAAGUUUUAAUGUCCAUGUCUGUAGAUGAUGAAGUAUCUAAAGAUUCCAAAGAUUCAUCUUCAAACUUAAAUACCUCCGCUAGAACUGUGGCUGCUACUAAAUCCCAAACUUUUGUCCCAGUUUCACCAAAAAGUAAUUCAAUAAACCAACAGCACAUUAUUAGUUCAGAUAAAACGACUCUUCCUGUUACAAAAAUGGUUGAAAAACCAUCUAAGACGGCUAUGGCUUCUAUAGCUCAACAGGCAGCUGCAGUUGUUGCUCAGAAUAGAAAUUUUCAAGAUUCAAAUGUUAUUACAUCAUCAACUUCUCAAUCGCGAACUAACAGACUAAAAAUUGAGCAGCCCGUUCUCACAACGCUAAAAAAUAAAAUUGAUCCUUCAUUUUCACCUUCUCUAAGAGGUUCCGAAGUCAAGCGAAACACCACGCAAUGUUUUUCUGAGGGAAAAGCGCCACCGAUUGCGAAGAAACCACAAAAACCACCAGUUGCCCAAAAGCCAUCCUACGACACUACAAAAAGUAAGACAUUACCCAAAUCAAAAAAAUACAAUAAUAUGCAAAGGUCGUUAAGUUUGGCUUCUGAAGACGCAACAUAUGUAUAAAAGUAUGUCUGUGAAAAGAUGUGCGUAGUUGGAUAAUGAAGUAUAUAUGGUUUUUCAUUAUAUAAGUAUAUUUUACUCAGUUUGGAUCUAAACCUCGAGCAAUCCGAAAAAUUUUUGUACUGAUUUCUUGGUUCAACAUUACCUCUUUCUCAAAAAAUGACAUGUAUAAAAAUGUUCCAUUAGACUGAGGUAGUCUGAAUUGAUUUGUUCAUUAGACUUUGAUGUGGAACUGAAUUCAAACUAAAUUAAUGUUAAUAGUUGUUCUAAUGAAAACUAAUUAAUCUAGUGAAGACAUAUCUAAUUUCCGUAUUUUGCUGUUAACUUUGCCGUGAAAAUUUGCGUUAGUAAAUGCAAUUGUGUCUUAUUAUUUUGCUUCGAACCUAUGAGGAUAUUGUCGUUUUUGCUCCAAUGUAUUUGCUUUAAUAAUUCCAUACAUAUUAUACGUUGAGAUCUCUCUGUAGUAAAUUAAUAAUCAUUCA